UGUUCCUGCCUGAAAAGAUAGAGGAGAGAGAGAGAAAAUAAGGAGGAAAAGAGGGAGUAGAAAAGACGUGAAAGAAAGGAAAGAAAAGAGAUAGCUCAGAGAAGAAGCAGGAAAGAAAAGAAAGAUAGGAAGGAGAAAAGAAGCAGGAAAUAAAAGAAAGAUAGCAGGGAGAAGAGAAGAAGCAGGAAAGAAAAGAAAUAGCGAAGAGAAGAAGCAGGAAAGACUUGAAAGAAAAGAAAGAUAGCAAAGAGAAGAGAAGAAGCAGAAAAGAAAGGUGAUCCAUAUGCUUCCUUCUGGUUUAAGCAUAAAUAACCAUCAAGCCAAGGAAACUCUAGUGGAGGUGUCUAAAAAGUGGAGUCACACAGCUGCAUUGGCAUUCUAAACCCGCAGUUUCAAUAAAAAACAGAGUCCGAUGAUCACCAAUAUGGACACUUCAAUUAUGGAUAUUCCCAACUCCCCUGUCAACAUGUCAGACUGCCCGGCAGUGAGAAUCCCGAACCAGAUAUUCUUCACCAUUGGUAUAGUGAGCCUAGUGGAGAACCUGCUAGUGGUGGUGGCUGUCAUUCGCAAUAAAAACCUUCACUCACCCAUGUACUGCUUUAUUUGUAGCCUGGCAGGCUUUAACACUAUUGCCAGUCUGUCCAAGACCUGGGAGAACCUCAUGCUGCUGUUUGCAGACGUGGGUCAACUUGAUUCACGUGGCAAUUCAGAGCGAAAGCUGGACGAUGUCAUGGACUCACUUCUGGUCAUGUCUUUCAUUGGCUCAAUGUGUAGCUUUCUGGCAAUUGCUCUAGAUCGCUAUAUCACCAUCUUCCAUGCUCUGCGCUACCACAACAUCAUGACCAUGCAGCGUGCUACCACCAUCCUUGUGGGAAUAUGGAUACUCUGUGGAGUGGCCAGUGUGGUCAUGGUGCUUCAUUUUGACUACACCAUCAUCAUGAUCUGCUUCAUUGUGUUCUUCUUCAUCUCCUUACUCCUUAUACUUUUCCUCUAUGUACACAUGUUCCUUUUAGCACGCAUGCAUGCUAGGAAGAUUGCUACGCUACCAGGAACCAGUCAGCAGCAGAGGAGCAGUAUAAGGGGUGCUCUGACUCUCACCAUUCUUUUUGGGGUGUUUAUGGCUUGCUGGGCUCCUUUCUUCCUGCACCUGCUCAUCAUAAUGGUAUGCCCCCUUAACCCUUACUGUGAGUGUUACCGUUCCCUCUUCCAGCUGCAUGUAGUCCUCCUAAUAAGUCAUGCUGUAAUUGACCCAGCCAUCUAUGCUUUUCGCAGUGCUGAACUCAGGCACACGUUCAGGAAGAUGCUCUUUUGUUCCAAUUCAAUGCAGUGAUUAACCACAGGAAUACAAUUUUGGUUAUUUUUGUUCAAUCCCAAAGCAUAA